AAGCGUCCGAGGAAUAUCCAGGUGGCAGCUGUAAUUCUGUGAACGAAUUUCUCGGGCAUUUGUGAUUCUUGGUCCGAUCCAUUUUGCCGAUCUUGGAUCCGAAGGAUUGUCAAGAUGGAGGCUUUUAUGCUGAACAUUCACAUGCAGCGGUCGACUUUGCUCGACACGUUUUACGAAAAUCUGCAGGCUACUGCCAAGAAAGGUCCAGCAGUGAGCCGUCUCCUGUAUGUAGCCAAGACUAAAGAGAAGGAAAGCACGAAACAGCGAGUUGCAGCCUACCACGAAGAAAUCUUGAAAAAGGCAGCUGGAAAUUUGAACAAGGUUUCCGGUUUUCUUACAGUAUAUCCCACAUGUUGCUAUUGCUGUGUCGAGGCUGAGACUCCGCACCUGAUGGCUCUUUUGAAAGCAUUUCAACUAUCAGCUUCGAAUCCUUCUGCAAUCCUGGAAGGUUUUUGCGUACUCUCAUACACCGAAGAGAUACAAGGCCGAGCCUUUCCAUCAUGGAUGACGGUGUACGUCAACGUGCCACCACCAGCCGCAGCAGCAACCCCAUCAGCUGACCCUGUAGUGGAAGAAGACUUUCCUGACAAGUGGAAUACUGAAGUCUCGGACUUGAACAUCAACAUGCUGAAGUGGGGUCGUCAGCUGUCGGAGAUGGAUAAGAAUUCUCAAACCUUGGCUCUUGAGUCUCUCCGAGCAACAGCCGAAGAUCUUCUCCCUUACGAUCCCACUGUUUUGACAAACCUGACGAACUCUCCAAGGGCACCUAAACUGGAAGAGAUUUUGGAGCUAAUGGGACAGCAUAUGACGAUACUGUUUGAUUAUGAUAUGGUGUGGCCCAUCGCGCAUCUUCCGAUCCACUUGCUAUGAAGCUGUUGUGUACAGUCAAGAACAUUCGCUACAUCAUCUGGAGGCCACGGACUUGAGAUUUUUGCUGCUGUUGAAGAUUGGUACUGCCGGGGAACAGAGUAUUAGCAAACUUUGAGUCAGUUGACAUUCCACCGAUGAGUAUUGGCGAAUGUAUAUUUCAGCGAUGUAGAUAAAAUUUUUGUGAUUCUAACUUUGUCUAGGGAGCUUAAUGCGAUCGUUGUGGUACUGCGAUAUUUCUUUCAAGACUAGUGCAAAGAAAAUCGCAUCUUCCUACGCGAGGAGCAGAUGUUUUACGAGACAUUUCAGUAAGUUACUUUCUUAGAUUUUUUGUUUCAAUCACUGAAAUGAUCGUUGUACGUUUUUUAGGUUCAGCUAGCUUCCAAGUCAUGUUUUGACCGAUGUUUCCAAAUCAUUGAUUUUGAGGAUACAUCAGUAUUUCCCAAAUUUAUUUCUUACUAGCUACCCUGAAGGACGAAUAUGAACACAUACCAUAAUGUAUUACACAGAACAUACGACCAGAAAAGUGCCAAAUUCCACCGUACACUUCAAGAGAUUUGCAUCAUG